AAUAUAUGGCUCCGUAUCGAUGCCAAUAAACGAAAAAUAUAUGACUUAAGUACGCUAAACAAAUAAUAAUAUUUUAGAUUGAAAUGAAGAUUCAAAUCGUUCUCUCUCUAGGAUUUACUACACAGGUAAAGCUCGUUUUUUGCCGUCUCCUUUCAGUUUGAUUAAUUACUAAUUAACUAAUCUAAACCUAUGAAAAGUCUACGCCCACGAAAUCGUAAUCAAAGCUAAAUUUGUAAGAAUAUUCAGUAUCGGAUUGUAAACUUUUUAGGUAUUUGACUAGUAUAUCAAAAUGGUAUUAUUUGAGUUGUAACAUUCAGUUGACUAACUUGUUGACAUUGACAUGCAUAAAAUUGUAUCACCUUACAGAUAUUAUUAUAUGCGGGAUCAGAAGCCAUAAACGUCUGUUUAUCUUUGGUUCUUCUCUAAGUUCUCUCUUCCUUUUGUCGCCUUUCUAGCAAGCUUGAGUUCUCCUACUCAGCAACAAGAAGUGUUUUGUUGUCGUCGUCAAAACACUUCAACAAAACACUUGGCCUAGUGGUAAUGGAACUCCAGUUGGAGUGUCCGCCCUGGGUUCGAGUCGCCUUGGCUAUUUUCCCACCUAUAGACCGUGCGUGCCCGGAUAGAAGGCCUCGUGGGGAUUAGUCUGGGCUUACCGCCUGGGAUCCCCCACGGAUAUCAAAAAAAAAAAAAAAAACAAGAAGUGUUUUACAUUUACAAGAUCGUUUAUUCUUGAGGAGACUUUUCGUUGCUACUCGUCAAAAGAACCAUCCCCUGUUUCACGUUAAUCUAUUACAGACAAUAUAGAUCAAUAUAUGUUCGUAUAAAUUCGCUGUGAUGAAAAACGCAAAUCAAGGAAAAGCAAUUAUGUCUUCUUGCACCUCUUUUAUCUUCAUCUUCCUUUUCUCCUUUCUCACUAGCUCCAAAGUUUUUGCUCAAGAACCCACUUACGUAUACCACAGCUGUCCGAAUACGACAACUUAUUCAAGGAACAGUACUUCCUUCACCAAUCUCAGAACCCUUUUGUCAACUCUCUCCUCUCCCAACGCCUCCUACGUCACCGGAUUCCAGAACGCCACUGUCGGGGAACCUCCCGAGAGAGUCAGCGGACUUUUCUCUUGCUUUGGCGGCGUCUCGCCUGAACUUUGCCGUAGCUGUGUUGCCUUUUCCGUGAAAGAUAUCUUAACUCGGUGUCCGAAUGAGAAAGAGGUCACGGCCUAUUACAAUCAGUGUAUGCUCCGUUACACUUUCGUCAGAGCUUCGAUUCUAGAUCCCACUUACAUAUACCAUGACUGUCCGAACACUACCACUUAUUCAAGAAACAGCACUUACGCCACCAAUCUCAGAACCCUUUUGUCCUCUCUCUCUUCCCCCUUCAACUCCUACUCCCCCGGAUUCCAAAACAACACCGCUGGGCAAGCCCCUGACAGACUCACCGGACUUUUCCUUUGCCGCGGAGAUGUCACACAGGAAUAUUGCCGCAGCUGCGUCACCUUUGCCGUCAACGACACGUUAAAUCGGUGUCCGAACCAGAGAGAGGUGACGCUCUAUUACGACGAGUGUAUGCUCAGAUACUCUAACGGGAAUAUACUCUCGACCCUUAACACCAAUGGAGAAUUUAUCUUGCAUAACCUGAAUGUCACAUCGGACCUAGUUCGGUUCAGAGAUUUGGUCUUGUCUACCAUGAACCAAGCCGCUACUGAGGCAGCGAACAGUUCUCGGAAAUUCGAUGCCAGAAUGGCCAACUUCACAGCGUUCCAGGAUUUGUACGGACUGGUUCAGUGCACUCCUGAUCUGACGAGCCAAGAAUGUUUCCGCUGUCUAAAUUGGACCACCAAUGAAUUGCCUACUGAAAAAAUGGGGGCAAGAGUUAUUGUGCCGAGCUGUAAUUCAAGAUACGAGCUUUACCCGUUUUACAACGAAUCCAUCUUUGCAGCACCUCAACCACAGCUCAAUUCAGCUCCUCCACCUCAGCUCGAUUCAGCUCCUCCACCACAUCCAAUUUCAAUUCCUUCACCACAGCAAGGAGAAGGCGGAAGCUCCUCUGUCAUAGUCAUCGCUGUUGUUCUUCCAAUCACUGUUAUUUUUCUGCUUCUCGUAGCUGUUUUCAGUUUCAUGGCAAAGAGAAAAACGACAUCUUAUGAAACUGAACCACUAGCUGAUGGAGACGAUAUUACAACUGCAGGCUCCCUUCAGUUUGAUUUUAAGGCAAUUGAGGCAGCCACUGAUAAGUUUUCCGAAAGCAACAAACUCGGCCAAGGUGGUUUUGGCCAAGUCUACAUGGGAACAUUUCCUAGUGGAGUACAAGUUGCGGUUAAGAGGCUAUCAAAGACAUCAGGACAAGGUGAAAGAGAGUUUGAGAAUGAAGUUGUUGUUGUGGCAAAACUUCAGCAUAGAAAUUUGGUAAGGCUGCUUGGUUUUUGUUUGGAAGGAGAAGAAAAGAUACUCAUCUAUGAGUUUGUGCCCAACAAAAGCCUCGAUUACUUCCUUUUUGACUCUACGAUGCAAAGCCAGUUAGACUGGAAAAAAAGAUGCAAAAUCAUUGGGGGAAUAGCUAGAGGGAUUCUAUAUCUUCAUCAAGAUUCACGACUCACAAUCAUACAUCGUGACCUUAAAGCCGGUAACAUCCUCCUCGACGCGGAUAUGAAUCCGAAAGUUGCCGAUUUUGGAAUGGCGAGAAUUUUUGGAAUUGACCAAACAGAAGCCAAUACGAGAAGAGUAGUCGGAACCUAUGGUUACAUGUCUCCAGAGUAUGCAAUGUACGGCCAGUUCUCCAUGAAAUCAGAUGUGUAUAGUUUUGGCGUCUUAGUUCUUGAGAUUAUAAGCGGCAAGAAGAACAGUAGCCUCUAUCAAAUGGAUGGUAGUGCUGGCAAUUUGGUUACAUACACUUGGAGAUUAUGGAGCAAUGGAUCGCCGUUAGAGCUGGUGGAUCCGUCCUUUCAGGAUAACUAUCAAACAAACGAAAUUACUAGGUGCAUCCAUAUAGCUUUGCUGUGUGUUCAAGAAGAGGCUGAAGAUCGUCCAACUAUGUCAGCCAUCCUCCAGAUGCUCACUACUAGUUCGAUCACUCUUGCCGUACCUCAACCACCUGGAUUUUUCUUCCGAAACAGGCAAGAACAAUUAGGGAGAGCAGGUCCAUCUAUGGAUACGUCUGCUCUCUGUUCUGUUGAUGAUGCGUCCAUUACUAGUGUAGUUCCUCGUUGAAGACAAAAAGAGUACAUCAAUGAGGACUGCUAAAGUACUCUGCAUCGACGAUGAACAAAGAUUCUUCUAUGCCAAGAUGUUUCCAUUUUUCUAUUCUUUAUGUGCCCGGCAAGAAAGUUAAUGAUACUCUGUAAUAAUAGUUUGGUUUCCUUCUGCAUGAUUCAUAUCAGUGAUCUUUAAGCGA